AUGUUAACUGAUACGCUAUGUCAGACGUUCGGCAAGCGGAUCGCAGUACCGGACAUAUCGUAUACUAAUCAUGUAACCCCAAUCGUUAAGUUCGGCAAGCGGAUCGCAAUACCAGACAUAUCGUAUACUAAUCAUGUAACCCCAAUCGUUAAGUUCGGCAAGCGGAUCGCAGUACCAGACAUAUCGUAUACUAAUCAUGUAACCCCAAUCGUUAAGUUCGGCAAGCGGAUCGCAAUACCAGACAUAUCGUAUACUAAUCAUGUAACCCCAAUCGUUAAGUUCGGCAAGCGGAUCGCAGUACCAGACAAGUCUAUAUCGUAUACUAAUCAUGUAACCCCAAUCGUUAAGUUCGGCAAGCGGAUCGCAAUACCAGACAUAUCGUAUACUAAUCAUGUAACCCCAAUCGUUAAGUUCGGCAAGCGGAUCGCAGUACCAGACAUAUCGUAUACUAAUCAUUUCGGCAAGCGGAUCGCAGUACCAGACAUAUCGUAUACUAAUCAUGUAACCCCAAUCGUUAAGUUCGGCAAGCGGAUCGCAGUACCAGACAUAUCGUAUACUAAUCAUGUAACCCCAAUCGUUAAGUUCGGCAAGCGGAUCGCAAUACCAGACAUAUCGUAUACUAAUCAUGUAACCCCAAUCGUUAAGUUCGGCAAGCGGAUCGCAGUACCAGACAUAUCGUAUACUAAUCAUGUAACCCCAAUCGUUAAGUUCGGCAAGCGGAUCGCAGUACCAGACAUAUCGUAUACUAAUCAUGUAACCCCAAUCGUUAAGUUCGGCAAGCGGAUCGCAGUACCAGACAUAUCGUAUACUAAUCAUGUAACCCCAAUCGUUAAGUUCGGCAAGCGGAUCGCAGUACCAGACAUAUCGUAUACUAAUCAUGUAACCCCAAUCGUUAAGUUCGGCAAGCGGAUCGCAGUACCAGACAUAUCGUAUACUAAUCAUGUAACCCCAAUCGUUAAGUUCGGCAAGCGGAUCGCAGUACCAGACAUAUCGUAUACUAAUCAUGUAACCCCAAUCGUUAAGUUCGGCAAGCGGAUCGCAAUACCAGACAUAUCGUAUACUAAUCAUGUAACCCCAAUCGUUAAGUUCGGCAAGCGGAUCGCAGUACCAGACAUAUCGUAUACUAAUCAUGUAACCCCAAUCGUUAAGUUCGGCAAGCGGAUCGCAGUACCAGACAUAUCGUAUACUAAUCAUUUCGGCAAGCGGAUCGCAGUACCAGACAUAUCGUAUACUAAUCAUGUAACCCCAAUCGUUAAGUUCGGCAAGCGGAUCGCAGUACCAGACAUAUCGUAUACUAAUCAUGUAACCCCAAUCGUUAAGUUCGGCAAGCGGAUCGCAGUACCAGACACGAUAUCGUAUACUAAUCAUGUAACCCCAAUCGUUAAGUUCGGCAAGCGGAUCGCAGUACCAGACAUAUCGUAUACUAAUCAUGUAACCCCAAUCGUUAAGUUCGGCAAGCGGAUCGCAGUACCAGACAUAUCGUAUACUAAUCAUGUAACCCCAAUCGUUAAGUUCGGCAAGCGGAUCGCAGUACCAGACAUAUCGUAUACUAAUCAUGUAACCCCAAUCGUUAAGUUCGGCAAGCGGAUCGCAGUACCAGACAUAUCGUAUACUAAUCAUGUAACCCCAAUCGUUAAGUUCGGCAAGCGGAUCGCAGUACCAGACAUAUCGUAUACUAAUCAUGUAACCCCAAUCGUUAAGUUCGGCAAGCGGAUCGCAGUACCAGACAUAUCGUAUACUAAUAAUGUAACCCCAAUCGUUAAGUUCGGCAAGCGGAUCGCAGUACCAGACAUAUCGUAUACUAAUCAUGUAACCCCAAUCGUUAAGUUCGGCAAGCGGAUAGCAGUACCAGACAUAUCGUAUACUAAUCAUGUAACCCCAAUCGUUAAGUUCGGCAAGCGGAUCGCAAUACCAGACAUAUCGUAUACUAAUCAUGUAACCCCAAUCGUUAAGAUCGGCAAGCGGAUCGCAGUACCAGACAUAUCGUAUACUAAUAUGUAA